AUGAACGGAUAUAAUAAUAAUAAUAACAACAACAUGAACGGUAACACCCAAGGGUUUUACCAACCAUCACAGCAGUUCGCGUUCCCCCAGGGGUCGAUGUCUUCCACAAUGCCCACGAUGGGGAAAAGUCCCGAUUCUAUGGGACUAGGUGUUGCUCCAGAUCCUUUACCUAUGGGAAUAUUGAAUGCAUUAUCCACAAAGGGUUAUGCUCACGAACCUCCUUUACUUGAGGAACUAGGGAUCCAUUUUGACCAUAUUCUAGCUAAGACAAAAAUUGUUUUAUUACCUGUACGCCGUACGUCUCAAAGUUCUAUGUCUCAAGAAUUGUUAUUAGACGCAGAUUUGUCUGGUCCAUUAUUAUUCUUUAUGUUAUUUGGGUUAUUUUUACUCUUAGCUGGUAAAGUUCAUUUUGGUUAUAUCUAUGGUGUGGCUUUAUUCGGUACUGUAUCAUUACAUAAUUUAUCCAAGUUAAUGUUCAAUCAAUCUAAUUCUGCACAACAAGUGUCUUUACAUUUCUUUAACACAGCAUCUAUCCUUGGAUAUUGUUUCUUACCAUUGUGUCUAUUGACAGCAAUAGGGAUAGUCAUGAAUCUUGAUAAUACACCAGGUUAUGCCAUGGGAGCUCUAGCAGUUCUAUGGGCUACUUGGUCCGCUUCUGGAUUUUUAAACUCUUUACUACAAUUACAGAAUGCAAGAGCACUUAUUGCAUAUCCUCUAUUAAUCUUUUACAGCGUGUUUGCUCUAAUGGCUAUAUUUGUUUAG